UUAAAAUGAAAACAUAAAUAUGUAACCCCUAACAACGAAAGUCGACUCGACGAUUUACAUUAGCGGCCAUAUUUUUCUUAAAAACAAACAUUGUAAAAUAUAAGAAAAAUUAAUAUAGCAAAAAUACAACAACUCUACAACAAUUUUAUAGAAAUGGCCACGGUACGACGAGCGCCCCAGCAGACAGUCGCUCAACGGGAAAGACAGCUGGAGAACUCUCGACACCAGGAGAUGGUGCGGGAAGAAACGCUGCGCACUCUUGCUCGCGAAAAAAUGCUUGAGUCCAACAUGAACCGAGGGGAGCGCCUCGACAGCAAACGAUUCAUUCGCCAGACCAUGCAGGAAACGAAGGAGAGAGAGAUGGAGGAAACCAUACUCAAGGCCCAGAGGGACCGCCUCCAGCGCGAGGAGCAGAUGGCACAGGAGGAGAGACUUGCAGCGGAGCUGGAACGCAGGAAACUAGACGGCAUCAGGGACGAGAAAAUGAGACAACAGAUCCGGGAAUCUAGUCUGGAACUGAGAGAGUUAGAGGCCAAACUGAAGUCUGCAUACAUGAACAAGGAGCGUAUGGCCCAGAUGGCUGAGAAGGAAGCAAUCAAGUUUGACAUCAUGAAACGUGAUGCAGAGAUCUCACGGGAGAUGAUGGAGGAGCACAAGCGAGCGGAGGAGGCUGAGAAACAGCGCGAGAUGGAGCGCUACAAGGAGAGCAUCCGGUACCAGCAGGAGCUGGAGAGGCAGCUGGAGGAGCAGGAGGAGCGCAAACAGCAGGCAUACGAGGAGUUCCUCAAGGAGAAACUCAUGAUUGACGAGAUAGUGAGGAAGAUAUACGAGGAGGAUCAGAGAGAGCGAGAGCUGGCCCUACAGAAACAGAAGGCGACCCAGGAGUUCAUACGUGACUUCAAGGAGGCGCGGGAGCAGUGGAAGCAGCUGGAGAGGCAGAGAAUGGAGGCGGAGAACGAGAGGAUCAAGGAGUUCGCGGCCCUGCAGAAACUGAGAGAGGGGGAGAGGCAGGCACAGAAGAAGGCCAAAGAGGACUCAAUGGCCCGCGUGCAGCAGGCGCUUGCAGAGGAGAUAUCUCGUGCGGAUGAAGAGAGAGAAGAGAUGGAGAGGGUCAGAAUGGAGCUGCACCUGGAGGAGCAGGAGGAACGGGAGAGGCAGAAGGAGAGGGACCUGAUGGCUCGGCGUAUCCGGCAGCGUCUGGAGCUGCAGGAGCAACACGCCCAGCAGAUCCACUUCAAGCAGCUCAGGAAGGAGGCGGAGGACAAGGAGGAGGAGGCAUUCAGACAACAGAUGCUGGCCAAGUUUGCGGAGGAUGACAAGAUAGAGCAGCUCAACGCCCAGAAGAGGCGUAUGAAGCAGCUGCAGCACAAGCGCGCAGUCGAGGACCUCAUUGAGGACAGGCGUGUGCAGUUCGCCGCUGACCGGGAGCGCGAGUUGGAGGGCAGACGGGAGGAAGAGAGGAUGGAGGCUUUCAGGAGGAAUAUCAUCGAGGAGGAGAGGCAGAAACUGCUGAGAGAGCACGCCAUGCGUCUCCUGGGAUACCUGCCCAAGGGAGUUAUACGUGAUGAGGGUGACCUACAGAGGCUGGGCCCAGAGUUCCAGGAGGCGUAUCAGCGGAGACAAAUCGACCCCUUUGACGACGGGGCCUGGGAGCCACGAUAGUACCUCGCCUGACUGCUGUAUCAGUGGACUAUAUAGGGGGACUGGUUGUUAUGUGACAUAAAUCCUAUUCAGUUGUUCAUAUGCAUAUUUUAGAUUAAAUUAUUUAAUUAUAUAUAUUUUUGGGUUUGUUUAGAAAAAUGCUGUUUCAUCUAAAAAAAUUAUUGAAAGCUGUUUUUGUUUUAAACUGGGUUAUAUAAUGAACUGGUUGUAAUUUGGCAUGGGUCUUAAUUUGUUGUUCAUAUGCAUAUUUUGUGUAUGUAUUUAUGUGAUUAAAUGAUUGAAUUUUAUAAUAAAAAAUUGUUUGGGUUAGAUAAAAAUAAAAUAAAAGAAAUAAAAUAUUCUAUCUUAUAGCAAGAUGUUUAGUUUGCUUUUCAAGCAUGUGUCAGCCAAUCUUGUUUCAUUUAAAACAAAUCUAUUUAAAGCAGUUUUGUUAUGAUUGUUUAACAAAGAAAAGUGUUGAUCCUAAAGUUUCAACAAAAUGUACUGCACAUGUGCACGUCAAUUGUUAUAGCAUACACUUGCAGUGUUUUUCUAAUUGUAUAAUGAUUAUUGAUUGCACUCAAUUAUUGUGUUAGCUUCUAACUUCUCUUUUUGAUACAAAAUUGAAUAUUCCUCUCUCUACGAAAGAGUUAGUAAGAAGCUAACUGCAUAUAUAGACCAUGCUCUGUGAAAAGGGGGUAUAACACAUGUGCGCAAAGUGACGUCCCAGACAUUAUCGUCCGAAUAAUCAGGAACGACUCUUUCUUUUUUUAUUAGCAAAAAUAUAGUUUAGGCUGAAAGUGUAGUACCUGAUUAUCCUGUGCGGACUGCACAGGCUUAUCUGGGACGAAACUUUACACUCAUGCAUUAAACCCCCUUUUCACAGAGCAUGGCUCAUAUAGAUGAACAGAGUAUGUUAUACAUUCCAAAGGGGUUUUGUAUGUGCUUAAUUUAUUGAAUAUUAUAAAUGUUUUAAGGAUUCAGUUAGAAACUCUUGUGACAGCUUAUAAUUUUUCUUUUAAAUGAAGACUUACAAUUUAUAAUUGUUUUAAAGACAUCCCUGUAAAUGAAAGAUACAUUGAGUGACUCUAAGUCUGCGGCGGACUGAAUAUCAAUAUAGGGUAUAUUGUUCUGUGAUACGAUAUUUCAUUGUGUAUGUAUGUGUGCAUUAACUAAUAAAUUCUAUUUGAUUGUUUAAA